AUGUGGAAGCAUGGCAAGUCCCCCAUGGAUCCUGCGGAGGACACAGUACUGAUAUUUGAUGUGGAUCUGGCCGAAUUGAUCGCAAAGCUGGCACCCAAGCUGCACACCGUCAAGAAGUACAUCGUGCUCACCGACAGGGGCUGCAUGCACAGAGCAUCGGAUCGUGCUGACAAGGGGGCAUGGAUUUCUCAGGAAGCAGCGGGGCUGAAGGGCGCUCUGUGCUAUGAGGAGCUCCUGAAGCGAGAGAGGCCACGAUUGCACAGCUUCCAAUGGGUCAAGGUAGAUGAGAACGCCGCCUGCGGCCUGUGCUACACUUCAGGCACCACAGGACGGCCAAAGGGUGUGCUGUACUCACACAGAGCAAAUUUCCUCCACGCCUUCACUGUGUCAAUGCCGGACGCCUCUGCCAUGACCAGCGCCACCACUGUGCUGGCAGUGGUGCCCGCCUUCCACGCCAACUGCUGGGGCCUGCUCUUCUCUGCCCCUUUGGUGGGCGCCAAGCUCGUCAUGCCAGGUCCCCUGUUGGACGGAGCCUCGCUGUACCAGCUUCUAGAGGAGGAGCGGUGCACCCUCAGCGCAGCAGUGCCCACAGUCUUCAUGGGGCUGCUGCAGUACUUGAGGGACACCAAGCAGCGGCUGACACACCUCAAGACAAUCACCAUCGGCGGCGCUGCAUGCCCAGCUCUUCUGAUCCAGGCCUUCCAGGAGGAGUAUGGGGUGGAGAUGAGGCACAUGUGGGGGAUGACCGAACUCUGCCCCAUAGGCACUGUGGCUGGCUUCAAGGGCACCCUUCCGCCACUCAGCAAAGAGGGAAAGCUCGCGCUGCAACUGAAGCAGGGGCGGGUGACCCCCUUUGUGGACAUGCGCAUAGUGGACGACGAAGGGCAGGAGCUGCCGAGGGACGGGAAGGCAUACGGCGAGCUGCAAGUGCGCGGGCCGCAUGUCAUCCAGCGCUACUACCGGCAUGAUGAGGACGCGGUGGACAGCGACAAGUGGUUCAACACUGGCGACGUGGCCACCCUCGACCCGUACGGGCACAUGCAGAUUACGGACCGGUCCAAGGACGUCAUAAAGAGCGGCGGCGAGUGGAUCUCCUCCAUCGAGCUUGAGAACAUCGCUGUGUCCCACCCAAAGGUGAUAGAGGCCGCUGUGAUAGGCAUCCCUGAUAAGAAAUGGACGGAGCGGCCUCUGUUGGUGAUUGUGCCCAAGCCAGGACAGCCAGUCAGCAGUGACGAGCUGUUGAACUUCUUCCAGGGCAAGACUGCCAGGUGGUGGAUCCCGGAUAAUGUGGUAUUUGUGGACGAGCUUCCUCACACUGCAACAGGGAAGCUGUCAAAGCUCACCCUGCGCAAGCAAUUUGAGAACUAUGAACCAAAGAAGGCCAAGUUGUGA